ACUAAUUUGUUUAAUUUCUUUCAUUUUCCUUAAGUCUGUUGUCACUGAUUGUGUGAAAUAGAUUUUUCAAAUUUAAUGAUUUCUAGUAUACUAGGUUAAGAUUUUUACCAGAAAUUGAGGAAGCAGGAAGUGCAUAUGAAAUACUGCAUAUAAAUUAAAUAGGUCUUGCGAUAGAGAGGUUGGGUCGAUCUGUGGUUGAAGCCAAGAUGGCUGAGUUUGUGAGGGGUGGACCUGUAACUGGUAUUAUUAUGCCAAAAGAAAAACUCCAAGGUUCGCCCAGUACUGGGAGUGACGAAGGACAUGAUGGUGCUAUCGGAGAAGAGUUCGAUCCCUUUUUGGCAGAUGCAGAAGAAGCGGAUGGAGCCAAUGUUUCAGCAAUUAUUGCUCCCCCAGAAAAUCAGUGGUAUCAUGGACGUUUAGACCGUUACACAGCAGAAGAACGUUUGUGGCAAGCGGCAAAAAUGGGGAGUUACUUGGUUCGCGAAAGUGACAGGAAACCGGGGUCAUACGUCUUAUCUUACCUAGGAAAGACAGGGAUAAAUCACUUCAGAAUAACUGCAGUAUGUGGUGACUUUUACAUUGGUGGGAGGCAGUUUGAUUCUUUAUCAGAUCUCAUAGGAUAUUAUACAAGUUGCUCAGACUUGUUGAAACGUGAACGUUUAAUUCAUCCAGUUCCUCCACCAGAACCUGUCAAUGACAAGAAACGGAUAGUUGCCAUUUUACCAUACACUAAAAUGCCAGAUACUGAUGAACUUAGCUUCCAGAAGGGUGAUAUUUUCUUCGUGCAUAAUGAUAUGGGAGAUGGAUGGCUGUGGGUGACAGCACAUCGCACUGGAGAGCAAGGAAUGAUCUUCCGUGACCUUGUAGAUGACCUUGAUGAGAAUAUUGAUCCAAAUACUGUGUUCAGCUGGUUUCAUCCAAAUGUGACAAAGAGUGAAGCUGUAGACAUGUUGGUUAAAGCUGGUCCAGGCAGUUUUCUUGUACGUCCAAGUGACAACUCUCCUGGUGACUAUUCCCUCUUUUUCCACAUUAACAACCAAAUUCAGCGAUUCCGUAUCGAGAAAAAAGGUGUUCGCUACCUCAUGGGUGGACGGACAUUUGAAUGUUUGGAUGCCGUUAUUAAUAGGUACAAGAAAGAACAGAUAGUAGAGGGACACACCUUAGUGUUGGCUGUUGGUCGUUCUAUGACUGAAGGUGAUGGAACUGUUAAAUCAAAAGAGGUUCAGCAUGCAGAGAAAAUCUAUGCAACCCUUCGAGAAUGCCGGGAACAGUCUGGUGUAAAGAAAAACAAAGGUAUUAAGAUGCAAGGGUACUUGAACAAGAAAAGUGAAAAAAAUAAGAAAUGGAAGUCUAUGUACUUUGUUCUUCUAGUAGAUGGGACUGAUACACAUUUAUAUUUUUAUGACAAUCCAAAGCGCACAAAACCCAAAGGAUUGAUAGAUUUAAGCUGUGCAUACCUUUACCAAGUACAUGAUAGUGUAUUUGAUCGACCCCACUGCUUCCAAUUGGUGGAACGUGCUCUCCCUUGCUUGGCAACCACAACCUAUCUGUGUGCAAAUACAGGUGACUCUGCUCAGGACUGGAUAGCUGCACUUAAACCUCUCUGUGUUACGCAGCAAACAAGGGCGCCCAAAGUACAACGACUACGUGAAUUGAGAUGUCUACAACUCCAUGUACUUGAUGCACAUAGACUGCCAUACAAAUUGGUGCCAAAUCCAUUCUGCAUUAUUUCCCUGGAUCAAGUCAAAGUGGCUCGGACAAAGGUCAAGACCGGUCCAGAUCCUGUGUGGGAUGAAGAAUUUGUAUUGGAUGAUGUUCCCCCAGACGUGCUCACUUUCACAGUGACUGUGUAUAACAAAGGCAAGAGAUCAAAAGACACAGAGGUGGCUGAGUUGACAGUGGAGCUCAGCAGUUUAACUAAUGGAGAUGAGAAUGAGGAGUGGUACACACUAUCUGGCAUUACUCCAAUUGGUGAAUGGGGUUCUCUUCGUCUGCGGACUCGCUAUCUUCAUGAUCUUAUAAUGCCUCAGGAAGAAUAUUCUCCCAUGCAGCAGCUUGUGCUGGACCCUUCUCUUGAAGUGGUUAGAGCUUUGGCUGACAUUUGUCAUCUUGACCGUGUCCCACUUGCAAACUCCUUGCUACGGAUAUUCAGGUAUGAGCGCAAGGAAGCAGACUUGCUCAAAUCACUAAAUGAGACUGAGAUCGAGAAGGAGGAGGAAACAUCAACAUUAUUUCGUGCAGCAUCACUGACAACCACACUUAUGGACCUAUAUAUGAAGUCCGUCUGUACUGGAUUUCUUCAUUCUGCCAUACAGGACACUAUCCUAAAGUUGUUGGAGUCCAAACAGUCAUGUGAGUUAAAUCCAACCAAGAUGGAGUCUCCUGAUGAUGCCUGUGCCAAUGCAGAGUUCCUACUCCAGAUUCUGGAUGAAGUUACAUUGUCAAUUUUCAUGUCGGCUGAGGCAUGUCCAAAGACUGUACGAUACAUAUGUGGCUGUUUACAACGCACAGUAAUGGGAAAAUGGCCUCAUGAACGGCUUGUCAGGACCCGUGUUGUUAGUGGUUUCAUCUUCCUUAGGUUAUUGUGUCCUGCCAUCUUACAUCCAAGACAGUUUAAUUUAAUCUCAGAACCACCACCACCUAUGGCAGCCCGCUCAUUGAUCAUGGUUGCAAAGUGUUUACAAAACUUGGCAAAUCUUGUUGAGUUUGGGGGCAAAGAACCCUAUAUGGAAGUUGUCAACCCAUUCAUACUUAAAAACAAGGAACGUAUGGUUGUAUUCCUGGAUCAGCUAUCUAAUUUGACAGAGAAGCCAGAACCAGAAGAGACACGGAUAAAAGGUGAUCCUGCCCGUGACCUAGGCACAUUGCACCACAUUUGUGUUUCUCACCUGAAGGAAUUGCAGGCACUCAGUAAAACUCAAGCCACUAUAAAGAAAUUGGUUACAGUUACUGAAAUGUUAAGCAAACAUAAACAGAAGUACUUGGAAAUGAUAAGAUAGUUGCUUGAGCGAACACAAGGACUUGGUCAGUACUCAGUAUGGUGGACUGAAGUGAUUUAUUCAUUGAGAUUAUGGCCACAGUGCUACAUGAAGUUCCAUUGCCACAAGUAUGGACAGAUCAGCCGUGUGCAGUAUACAUCAUUUCCAUAUUAUGUAGGACCAAAGAAUGCAAAUGUGAAGUGUACAGGAAAGAAGACUUCUAUUGCAGAGAGCAGCUUCUGUGCAUUGCAUUUUCCCCUGCCAAAUUUAGUACAUACAGGUAUGCUCACUUAUAGUUUUGUUCUUUGAUAAGAAGGAAGGUUCCAACAUGGUUAACAAAGUAUGUAAUGUGUUCAUAAUCUACACAGGAAAAUAUUUGGAAUAUUGCCUCAGUGCUGUCAAACGAUUCCUAUGUAUUUUUAGUGCUUCUAUAUACAUAAAAGACUUCAAUAUUGGUAGGUAGUGUAUACUUACCCACGUGAAGAAAGUUUUUUUAUUACCAUGUUUUUGUAAUUCAUGUUUCAUAGAGUGUGAAUGGUCUGAAUGUGCUAUUUGGAAUAUAUUAUAAGUGAUGAUGUAAAUAUUUUGGUGCAUAUUACCUCAUGCAUUUUGUACAGCAAAGAUUUACAUUUAAUUUCAUUAAUGGACGAUAGGUAGUUGAUAUUUAUGUAUAUGGGUUGUAUGGAAUAUCUUAUGAGUUUCCAGGUAUUAAUAUUUCUACUACCUACUGUGCUGUGUCUCAAGUGUUACUUAUAGUUCUUUCUAGAAGAAAGAAACACCACUAUAGUACAUGUAAAAUAAAGGCGGACUUUUUAUGAAAA